AUGGUAGAGCCCGGCUCUAGGGCGAUCCGCUGCGUCGUGGUGGGCCUGAUCGCGAUCAUCGUCUGUCUGCAGGUCGGCGAGGGACACGUUGCCCUAACGUUCCCGCCGGCCCGGAAGUACGACCUGGACUUUCUCGACAACUCCCGCACCAAGGCGCCGUGUGGGAUGCCCAAAGGUUCACUGAAGACGUCAUUCAUCGAGGGCAGCACGUUUAACGUCUCAUGGCAUCUGGCGUACCCGCACCGGGGUGGCUUCCGGCUGGAGGUACUCGACACCAAGGAGAAACCGGUGCUGAACCUGACACCGAGCAGCAAAGAGAAGCGCUUCGUGCGUGACGACGCCACGGCACAGCAAUACCAGGUGGCGUUGCCGAGGAACUUUACGUGCCGCGACUGUACGCUCCGGUUGGUGCGGCAGGCGGACGAAUGGGGCGGCAACUAUCGGUUCUGGUCGUGUGCCGAUGUGGACAUCGUUCCGCGCCGCGAACAUCACGAGACCUGCUCCGGCCACGGAAAGUCCAUUGCGCGGUGCAAGUGCGACCGGAAGUACUACGGCCAGCGGUGUGAGUUCUGGGACGAGUGCGUCUCCAACCAGGACUGUGGCAUCCAGGGUACGUGCGUGGACCUGGGAGGAACGUCACUGCCGCGUCGCCAGUGCUAUUGCCGGCUCGGGUGGUACGGUGCCGGGUGUAACAAAAAAUCGCCCAUCAAGUCGACCGACAUCGACUACUCGGUGUACAAGGCCAAGAUUCUGUCACCGGACCUGAACGUGUACUGGCGUGUGCUGAAGGACCAGGCCGAGAUCGAGGUGGUGCUCAAGGUGAACGGGACGUCGUGGGUUGCCCUCGGCUGGAGGCCGCGCAAGCUGACGGCCGAGUGUAAGAACUUUCCUCUGAUCGGUGGAACCCCUGCAGCGGGUACGGCCGAACCCGAACCGGCCGUUGAACCCACUUCGGAACCAGAACCCAAGUCCGAACCGGAACCUGGAGCAGAACCGGGAGCCGAGCCGGGCGCCGAGCCUGGAGCAGAGCCAGAGCCCAAAUCUGAACCGGAACCGGGCGCAGAGCCUAGCUCGGAGCCGGAACCGAAAAGUGAACCAGAGCCCGGUGCAGAGCCGGCGUCGGAACCAGAGCCCGCCGGAGAACCUUCAUCGGAACCAACACCAGAACCCAAAAGCGAGCCAGAACCGGGAGCAGAGCCGGGAGCAGAGCCAGGAGCGGAACCAGAGCCCAAAUCGGAACCCGAGCCUACGGGCGAGCCCGAACCGGACAAUGUUACGGCGGAACCGACCGCGGAGCCCAAGGUUGGCGGUAGGCGGAAGGGCCGUGCCGUACCGUCGGCUGAACCCGAGCCAAAGUCCGAACCUGAGCCAAAGUCCGAACCGGCCUCGGAACCGACGGCCAAACCAAAGCCCAAAGGAACCCCGCCGCAGCAGACACCGAAGCUAAAGCUGAAUCCCUACACACCACGCCACGACUUCAACCCGAUGGACUGUACGGACAUCGUGAUCGGAACGGCACGGGGCGAGAACCACCGGGUCUGGGAUUACUACACCCGCGACCGGUCGACACCUCGGGUGGACAGUUUCUGGGGCGGAAAGUCGGACCUCACGGCUACCGGGGGCUUCGAGAAGGAUGGCGUCACUACGAUCGUGUUCCGCCGGAAGCUGGACGCCAGCGAACCGACCGAUCACGCGAUCGUGGACGACCUGAUGCACGUGAUCUGGGCGCGGGGCCAGGAACCGGGUGCGUACGUACACUCGCCACCUUCGGGCGUCGAGAAGGAGGCGGCAUCGGUCCCGGACUUUUAUCAACCGGACGAGCUGAAGUACCACGGACAUCGCAGUCAGCGAGGCGUGACGCAGAUCAACUUCCUGGAGGAAGAACCGAAGGUGGUGCCGGUGGGGGCGAAGACGAACGGGUCGCCAACCGCUGGAACCGAGGGAGAACCGGUUCCGGCCAGCGAAGGAGUGAUCGUACCGGCCGGACCGGUAGGUCACGAGCUGGACAACGAGUGCCACGGAUUCUACAAGUUCCCGCGCACCUGUGAUCCGGAGCAGGCUAACUGUGAGUACUUCCUCAGCUGGCAGACGGUGGCCCGCGGCGAAGCCGUACACUUCCACCUGGAGACGAAGAACACGGCCACGUGGACCGGAGUCGGGUUUAGCGACGAUCAGAAAAUGUCCCAAACCGAUGCCAUCAUCGGGUGGGUGGACAAGAGCGGUCGCCCGUUCCUGAUGGACACCUGGAUCAACGGAUACUCGGCACCGAAGCUGGACGAUCGGCAGGACCUGUACAACGCAUCCGGAGCGAUCCAGAAUGGGCGCACGGUGCUGGACUUUACCCGCAAGCGCAUCACGGGCGACGACUCGGAUCUGGACUUUACCGAGGAACGCUGCCUGUACCUGAUGUUCCCGAUCGAGGGCGGUGCGUUCAAUCCGGUCAACAAGAAGCUCGGCAAGCACGGCUCGGUCCCGGUGGUCACCGACACGCGAGUAUGCAUCAAGUCGUGCGCGAAGCAGUUCGAACAGCUGGCCACGAUGGCCGCGACACCGGCGGUCGAUCGACUCGCGUACGGUGCCUCGAUUAAGUUGACGAACCUGGCCAGUGGGUUCCAGGUGCCGGCAAGCGGAAGCCCCGAGCACCGGGAUCUGUCCAAGUCCGUCACGGAGACGUUCAACGGAGUGCUCAAACAGGUGCCCGGAUUCUACAGGACCGAUGUGCAGGACUUUGAAAAAAUGGCCGAUGGAAGCGUCGUGGUGAAGAUGAACAUUCUCGUCGAUAAGGACCAGAAGAAUGGCAGCCGGAAUGUGCUGGCCGACGAUCCGGCCAAGCUCGAACAGACCAUCCACAACCUGAUGGUGAACAAUCUGUCCUCGGGCAAGGUCGGUACGUUCUCCGUGGAUCCAACGUACCUGGAGUUUACGCAGCUGGAAGGGCAAGCCACAUCCCCGAAGGAGGAGGACGAGCUGCUCCCGGCCGGUGUGCGGCUCUACCUGAUUCUCGGUUGCAUCGCGGGUCUGGUACUGAUCGCGAUCAUUCAGGCGACCUGUACGAUCGUGAAUACGCGAAGAAGUAACCGAUUGAAGGACCAACUGAUUCCCAACUCGGCCUGGAAAGACUACUCGUCCAACACCAACUACGCGUUCGACAACUUCGAGGCGGAGUCAAAGGGUCACCACCACAAGGGUCGCUCGUCCGGAGACCGGGGCUACAGCAACGGCAAUAGCCAGCAGACGACCCUGCAGAUGUCGCACUCACCGAACAAGUCGCAGUACUACGAGAUCGACCGAACGGACGGUGGUCACGGUAUGCCGACUCACCCGCGGGGAGACCAUCGGAACGGUAAUCCGGCGUACGGGGGCCCAUACCCACCCUCCGGACAGCCUCGUCACGGGUACGACCGGACUGGCGACCGGUCCACGUCCUACGCUGACCGAGCAUACUCUCUGCCACGACCGAUGCACCAGCAACAAAUGCAGCACCAUCAACAGCAGCAGCAGCAACACCACCAUCAGCAGAUGCAAUCGCAGCGCCCCAACGACUACUACACGCAGGAUCGUCGCGGCAAGUCCUCCCGUGGAGCGCAGCCCUCCGGCGGCAACGGCAGCCACUACCCAGCCCAGUCUGGCAAUGGACAUCACCCACAGCAGCAGCAGCAACGAUCCGUGCCGGACACGUCCGAUCUGUACUUCACGCCGACCCAGCGGAAGUACUCCGGCGAGGUCGUCCGAGUGUUUGUCGACUACAACAAGGACAAGAAGUAAAUGAUGAAGUAGUAGUAGAUGAUGGCCUCCCCGCCCAGGGAGGUCUUUAUGAUGACGAUGAUGUGGAAGAGUUCCCAUUUUCACCACAAACAUUCUGGACACAUACACGCAAACAUUCAUUACCGAAACGGAGAUGUAGGUGAGAGAAGGAGUAAAAGUUGGAAACAAUACUCCUCGAAGGUGUCGAAGAGAGCGAGCGAGAGAGAGAGAGAGAGAGAGAGAGAGCGCCGCAGACAGUCCUCAGAGUCAACUAACCAGUCCGCCGAAUAUUACGUGUACAUACUAUGUUUUAUUAUUAUUAUUUUCGGAACAUUGUUUUCUUGAUUUUACGAUAAGUACGGCAGCCGCCCAAGCGCCAAUCCGAGCGCCAGAGUAGAUAGUUAGUGAGGGUUCUUCGUGUAGAGUUCUUUUAAUUGACGUUUUAUUCUGUACAGUGGACAGUCUGUAGAGUAGCCCCAGGAAACCCCAAAGCCGAUCUUUCACCUUCCGCCAAUUCCCAGGCCCAUUAGGACCCUCCCCAUUCUUAUUAUUAACCGUCGGGCUUCCUGGUGGGCCUCUCCCGUGUGAGGAGUUAAGUAAUAGUAGGGCCAUUACAGCAUCAGCAACCGCACCUGGGAGGGCACACGAAGUAGAAGUACUACCGUAGGGUAUAGGCUGUCGGAGACACCUUCUGUCCACCCUGAAAAUGGUGGGCUACUUUCUAAGCGCGAAACAAAAGAAGCAACGAACCUCGGCGGCAGAACCAGCCGAGUUGCCAGUUUGUGUCGCGUCCACCGUCGGCCAGGAUCCAUAUUUUAAUCGCUUCGCCCUCGUGCCCAACACAAUAGAUCGGGCACAAUCGGGCGGGUGAAUAACAAAUAAAAAGUGAACACACAACGAACCAGAGAGCCAGUA